AUGGCAGAGGUCCUUCUCCCUCCAAAGCCAGUCACAAUCGACAAGGCAAACGGUUCAGCAUCAAAUGGUGCUCCUUUGCCCAAAUUUGCAGCCUCGGAUAUCAUUUUGCCGCCUCCAGAUAUCAAGAGUAAGCUCUUUGUCGCGAUCUCGUGGAGAAUUUCGUACGCUAAGUCUUCCUCUACUCUAGCAAUCAUUGCAAAAACGGCUGUACACGUCGCCCGCUCUACCACUCGCGAGCAAUUCGAGGAACGUCUGCGUGAAAGUCGUCGUGAGGACCCAAAGUUCUCGUUUCUGAUCCCUACCGACCCAUACCAUGCGUAUUACAAGGAUCGUGUUCAACGCGUUCUCGCUGGCGAGGUAGAAGAAGAGGCUCCUGGUGCGACAAAUGAAACCGCCAUGCAAGUGGACAAGCCUGCUGCACCUGUGGACGAAGGAGAGGAACCUCCGAGAAUGAACUAUGCUCUCGUAUUGCCUCCGAUAUCCGCAAUGGACAUUGACCUUAUGAAGCUGACUGCGUUGUUCACUGCGCAAAGAGGGACACAAUUCCUUGCCUCGCUCUCCGUAAAGGAGGGUAGGAACCAUCAAUUCGAUUUCCUCAAUCCGGCUUCCAUGCUUUACGGGACGUUCAAUGCGAUGCUCGAGCAAUAUCGCCGCAUACUUUUACCGCCGCCUGAGGAGUUGGAGAAGGUCAGGGAGGCCGUUGAACCGGAUGGAAAGUGGCAGCGACUUGCUAAAAUCAGACGGCAUGCCAAAUGGGAGCGCAUACAGCGAGAGAAGCAAAAGCAAAAGGACGACGACAAGGAAGCUGAGAGAAUCGCUUUUGCGGAGAUUGACUGGCAUGAGUUUGCCAUUGUCCAGACCAUCGAGUUUACCGCUGCGGACGCCAAUACGGAGCUACCGGUUCCAAUGACAAUCGAACAAAUGGAAGCCCGAGCAUUAGAGGAGAAGAGAAUGACCGCCAUGGUCAUGGUUGAUACUGCAGAGGAAUUUGAAAGAGCAAAGGAGGCGGCAACAGUUGCAAUGCAACAACAAGAGGAAGAGCAGCGAAGACGCAUCGCCGAACAGGAGGACGAAAUCAGAGAACAGCUCCGAAUGGAAGAAGUCCAGGCGAAGAAUAUCGAAGGUGCCGGCCCGAUGAAGAUUCGCCACGACUACGUACCGAAGACCCUUGUCGAAAAGGCAAAGAAAACACAAAUGACGACAUGUCAAGUUUGCGGUCAGCAAAUCCCUGCCAACGAACUCGAGGAGCAUAUUCGUAUCGAACUCCUUGAUCCAAGAUGGAAGUCGCAGCGUGCAGAGAUUGAAUCUCGACGCUCGCAGGCAAAGGAACUACAGCGCGGUGCCGAUCCUGCGGCGGCUCUUCGAAAGCUCGCACGCAAGCGACCAGACAUGUUCGGUGCAGAAGAGACAGAGGAACUACGACGCAAGGAAGAGGAAGCUGAACUUGCUCGCAGAAAAGAGCGAGAAAAGGUCGUUUGGGAUGGUCACACUGCAUCGAAAGUUGGAACCAUGGACAAGUAUCAGACAAAUGUCAACCUCGAAGAGCAGAUUGCUGCCAUUCAUCGCUCCAAAGGCCUUGCACAGACGGAAUCUGCAGCGAUUGGACCUGGAAUUGGACCAGCCAUUACGCCGGCUCCCAUCUUCCCUCAAUCUGUGCCAGCUUCUUUGCCGAAAAAUCCAACGCUCAUGGCCGAAUCGUAUACCGGAGCAGCUGCAUCAUCUGGUGCGCCAUCUGCACCGGCAAACAUCUUCAAUCUAGCCCCCGGGCAACAGCAGCCUGUUGUUCUCCCUCCUCUUCAUUACCAAGGUCUCGCCUCUUCGCAACCUUUUGGAUAUGCCCCACCUCCUCCGGGUAUGCGAGUCGGUACCCCGGGAGGCAAAGCUGGAACCGUGCGAAGUGCCGAUGAGAUGCUUGAGGGUGAUAUGACAGGUGGACCCGUCAUGAAACGCCCUCGAGUAGGUAGGAUGCCCGACGGUCAAUUGUACCCGGAGGAUACAUGGCUAUCGUAUCAUCAGGAUCCAAUCACUAUCCAUGUUCGACUGCCUUUACAUGCCGACAAGCCAGAGUGGAAGCUUGAUGGUUCGGUGGUGGCGAUUCCUGAUGUCUCACUAUCUGCAAUUGUCUCCACUCUUCGAGACAAGCUUAUCGCACAACUCGGCUCCAAAGUCCCUGUCAGUCGUAUCAAGUUAAGCAUGGGCCACGUCACAUUGACGAACAGCAAAUCACUCGCUUCUUACAACAUUAUGGAUGGAGAAGAGAUUGCAUUUGAGCUUCGUGAUCCAAAGAAGAAGUAG